AUGGGGAGACUGUUUAGAGUUUUUAGUGGUAAUUGGAAGAGAGACCGUCGGGAGCACUGGCAUUUCCUCCCCGCGCCUGGUGAUAACCCCUGGACCAUGCCAUGGGUGACAGAGGUUACUUUACUGGUUACUAUUGGGGCAAGGAGCGUGGCAGAGUACAACUUUCUCCGACGUUCUAACUUCAGUAUUGGGACAACAACUUUUGUGGUUGAUGGUGCCCAGGAUGACAGAGCCAGAGCUAUAUUCGAAGUUUUGGUUUUCAGUGAACGUCUUCUAACUAGUGAGAGGGUGAUGUUGGAGAUAUUUGGAGAACAAGAGAUGCAACUCCUCUACCGAGUUGCACUAGAGUUGCAACAUGUUGACAGAGGUGUGGGUUUUCAGUCAGUAACUUUGGUUGAGCAUGGUUUGGACAUUAUAACCAUCGAGGAUGACGAGGAGAUGGUUGAUGUCGGUAAUAUGGGAGUACAGCAACUGAACACAGUCGGUAUGAAUUUUUUGUACACCAUCCUCAACUUUUCUUCCAUCCUCAACUUUUCUUCCAUAGCUUUUAAUUGA